AAAGAUUUCAUGAGGGCGCAAUACACCUUCAACGAAGGAUCGAGCACAGUCUAGGCUAGAAUUUUUUUAAGAAUUUGUCAUCAGAAAAUGUCGCUAGAAACUGUUCCAAAAGAUCUAAAACAUUUAAGAGCCUGUUUAGUGUGUUCUCUUAUAAAGACAGUGGAUCAGUUUGAACUAGAUGGCUGUGAUAAUUGUGAAGAGUUUCUACACAUGAAGGGAAGUCAUGAUCUUGUCUUUGAUUGUACAAGCUCAAAAUUUGAUGGAUUGAUAUCAUUGAUGAGUCCUGAUGAUAGCUGGGUUGGAAAGUGGCAAAGAAUCAACCGCAAUGUUAAAGGCUGCUACGCAAUAUCCGUCUCUGGUAAGCUACCUGCAGGAAUAGUCAAUGAGCUACAGAGUCGCCAAGUUCACUAUCGAUCAAGAGAUACCAGUGUCAAGUCAUAGGGGCUAAUGAGACCACCGUGAUCAGGAAAUGUCAUACGGACGGUAAUCCAAUUGGUAUCAAGGUGUCCAUAUUUUCCUUGAUGGUCGAUGAUCAUUAUCAAUUUGCAGAAUUAAGUUUGGACAUUGAAGCUUUGUAGAUUCUGGAGAUAAUUUUACUUAAAGUUGAUGAAAGAUCUUUAAAAUUCUAAUUUUUAAUCAUGCUUUAUGAAUUCUGAAGAUUGCGAAGCUGAGGUAUUGUGUAAAUAGUUGAACAUUUGCAAGCAUUUUCCCUGGCUUUAAUUAGCUUCAUUCCAUAACCACUAUCCUUAAUUAACAAGCCUGCCACCAUUUUCCAUGCAGACUACUGUUUGUCAAAGUAGUGUUUUUCAGUAGCAUGUGUAUAUUUCAGUAGCAUGUGUAUAUGUACAAGAUAAAGAGAGACAAGUGCUGUUUUCAAUCAACUUUAUUGCACCUCCGGGUAGAUUCAGGUGAACAACUUAACUAUUCUCUUGAUAAUCUUGUCAACAAUUGUUAUUUAACUGUUUCAUUUAUGUUGUUCAUUUGGGGAGAAUUGUAAUAAAGUAGUCAAGUUUUU